AUGGAGACUUCUAAUGGGAAGGUGGACAGGCAUGAGCUGAAGUUACGUGACAAUGAUACAACACCAGAGAGGAAGGAAGAAGCAAAAAAAAAAUUAAUGCAACAAAUAGAGACUAAUGAAAUGGCUCCCCUUUACCGCAAGGCGAUCGAAGAAUUUGGUUGGCCAGCAGAUGAAGAAAAGAUUAAA